GUGGUGAAAUCAUCCAAUUGGUUACUGCUGGAAAUUCUCCUUAUCGGUGCUAUCCUCCUCUAUCUCAUAAUUGUUGUGAUGUACUUCCCAGCAAGUGAUGUCACAUGUAUACUGAGCCCGUGGCUACGUGAACUCGGUUUUGCCGUAAUGUACGGAGUGCUGAUUGUGAAAAUUUACAGAGUGCUUUCCGGUUUCCAGUCACGAAAGGCGCAUCGGGUUCAUGUACGAGACAAAGAUAUCUUGAAAUUCCUGGGCAUGUUCAUUAUAACCACAUUUACAUAUAUGGUUGCUUGGACGGCAGUCAACUUGGACUAUAUGAGCUCUACACCAUGGAAUCGUAAUCCUGAAGGUGCUGCUCCCAUCAGUAUGUUGAUUCAGGGCAGUCUAGCUACUGAACCGAAACCGCAAACCUUGGAGUGGAAUCAUGGGGUAAACGACAGUAGGUUUGCGAACGGCACGACAACCAUGAUGGCAUCAACGGUGACUGCGAUUGUUCCUACCUCUGAGGAGAGUUUUACUACCUCUUCGAAUCUAAUGACAUUUGACGUUUGUCGGUCCUUGUCUUGGGAUGUUAUUAUGGGACUUGCCGAGUUUAUCAUCUUGGCCGUGAGCAUACAUUAUUGCCGCCUGGUUCGUACGGCACCGUCCGAGUACAAUGAAACCAUGUACNCAUUUUCAAUAUCAUACGUCGCGGGAACAGGUCGUGGACGUCCAACUCCUGGCGCUCCGUACUCGGCUGACCCGAAUCUGGCCUCGACAGGCAAAUUGAAUUUGGCCCUAAACGGUGAUUUGGACAUCGCUGACGUGAACUUGGCUGAUAUGGACCCCGAAGUGAUCAGACGUGAACUCAAACGUCUAUACACGCAAAUCGAAUUGUACAAGACCAAAGCGAUGCGGAAGGACAAUCCACAUAUCAGCAAACGCCGCGGAGGUCGAAAACAGCGACGGUUCUCUUUGCAACCGUUCUACAAACGACAUCACGGACAAAGUGGUAAUGUACCCCUGAUGAUCCAGACAGAAUCGGGCUAUUGCUGGGCCGAUUGUCGAUCAAGCCGCGGAGCAGGCACGUGCUCAAAACACGAUCCGCAUAUGAUAGCCGCCGGUUUUGGCGGUUCCAGUUCGGGCAGUGCAGGCACAGGGGGUGGUGGUGGCCCCGGUAGUGGAGGUAGCGGCGGUGGCAGAAUGAGUAGCUACUAUGCGUAUCCCAGUGUUGUUCAUGAUGAGGAAGUCUCUAAACUGUCAGAGGAGUCUACGAAUAGUGCGGAGGAUACACCGCUCAGUGCCCAGUUGCCUCAAUCCCAACAACAACUGCUUAUGUGCGCGGCGAGUUCAACGGGGCCAGCAGCGAGUAGCAAAGCAGUGGAAACAACCAAAACUGGAGAGAAGCGAACCAAAGGCUCUGAAGUGGACUCAAGCAGGACAAGUGAGAAGACGAAUGCUUCAAAUCUUCGGCCUGGUUGA